AUUCUAGCAUGAGAGCAUGAGUUCCUGCAUGAUGCUACAACUCUGAUGAAUGAGGGCUACAGUGUAUCACAGGAGGGGAAUAUCCUUGGGGUUUUUGGGGUAUUUUUUCAUCAACCAAAUGAUGGCAUUCCACUUUUAGUUGAUUUUGAGUUGAAUAUUGUUGUGGUGGAUGUUAUGGAUGCUAAACCAAACGCUGCAGAGAGGCCUGAGGGGAUCAAUGAUGGAUGUGAGGACUUGGCGGAAGAAAGAACGGUUUUGGAGACCUCCAUUCCACCCGACAGCUUGACUUCCUGUAAAACAGAGACCCAAGAAGUGGACGUGCAGAACAGCAAAAGCCCAGCAGUCCAGGCUUCAGACCUACCCAUCAACAACUCCAGUUCUGUGGCGCACCCGUGUACGGUGCCGUGUGCCACAGAUGUGAGCCAGUCGUUGACAUCAGAGAAGAGUCAAGGGCAGAUGAGAACAAACACCUCCACCAUGAAGCCACUAGAUGAAGAUGACCUCUGCGCCGCCAUCCUGUUGGCCUGCCUGUUCUGCCGCCCUCUGGACUGUUUACUGGCCACGGUGAGCGGGUGUAACCAGUGCGUUUGGUCGCUGUUCUCCACGCUGUUCUGCUGCGAGUCCACCACCCUUCAGCCUCUCCUCGAUAUCGCCCGAUACUGUGGCAGCUGCCAAGAUCUGUGCUGCUCCCAUUGCGACUGCAGUAUCUGCGAUCUCUGCCUCCAGGCUACAGAGUGCCUGGACCUGGCCAUGGAAAUCUCACAAAUGCUAUACCACUAG